CCGAGCGGCGGCGGAGCUGUCCGGAACAUCCGGCUGUGUGUGUGUGUGUGUGUGUGUGUGUGUGUGUGUGUGUGUGUGUGUGUGUGUGUGUGUGUGUGUGUGUGUUUGUAGCUCCUCAACAUAAACAGCCAUGGCGGAGGCAGCAGCAGCGGCGUCCUCGGCGGCUUCGGGAGUCACAGGAGGAGGCUGGACCAAACACGUAACCUGCAGAUAUUUCAUGCACGGACUCUGCAAAGAGGGCGACAACUGUCGAUACUCCCACGACCUGGCCAGCAGCCAGCCCGCAGCCAUGACCUGCAAGUUCUUUCAGAAUGGAAACUGCGUGUUCGGGGACCGUUGCAGGUUUGAGCACUGUAAACCGGCAAAAAACGAGGAGCUGCCAACCCCGCAGAUGCUGCCGCUGCCCUCCGUACCGCUGGCUGGCCCGUCGGACCCAGAACCCAGUGGGCCAACACCUGGUCCAGGGGCACAGGACUGGGUCAACGCUGCUGAGUUUGUUCCAGGACAGCCGUACUGCGGACGGGCUGAGCAGGCGAAGGUGGAGAGCUCCGCCCCCCUCAUCAAGGAGGUUGACAGCGACGCGGCACCGGAUGACAAGCGGCUGAGGAAGCAGCUCUGUCCGUAUGCCGCUGUCGGCGAGUGCCGCUACGGAAUCAACUGUGCCUAUCUCCACGGCGACGUGUGUGAUAUGUGCGGCCGCCAGGUGCUCCACCCUACUGACAGCGGCCAGCGCUCCGAGCACACCAAGGCGUGCAUCGAGGCCCACGAGAAAGACAUGGAGAUCUCGUUCGCCAUCCAGCGCAGCAAGGACAUGAUGUGCGGCGUGUGCAUGGAGGUUGUGUUCGAGAAGGUCAACCCGAGCGAGCGCCGCUUCGGCAUCCUCUCCAACUGCUGCCACUGCUACUGUCUAAAGUGCAUUCGCAAGUGGAGGAGUGCCAAGCAGUUUGAGAGCAAAAUCAUCAAGUCUUGCCCAGAGUGUCGAAUCACGUCCAACUUUGUUAUCCCAAGCGAAUACUGGGUGGAAGAUAAGGAAGACAAGCAGAAACUCAUCCAGAAAUACAAGGAUGGCAUGGGGACCAAACCGUGUCGAUAUUUCGACGAGGGCCACGGGACAUGCCCCUUUGGCUCAAAUUGCUUCUACAAGCACGCCUAUCCUGAUGGGCGGCUGGAGGAAGCGCAACCCCAGCGAAGAAAGACGGUAUCCAACAGCAGAAACCGGACCUCAAGACGAACGCCGCUGUGGGACAUCUUCGACGAGAGGGAGAGCACCGACUCCUUCGACAACGACGACGAGGAGAUGGUGACGUUCGAGCUGAGCGAGAUGCUCCUCAUGCUGCUUGCCGCAGGAACCGACGACGAGGUGACAGACUCAGAGGACGAAUGGGACUUGUUCCACGAGGAAGAGCUGGAUGAUUUCUAUGAAAUUUACCUAUAGCAGCCCCCCACCCACUAACCUCCCCAGCCCCCAUGUACUGUAUACUAGACACUAGAAUGGACUGUCUUGUGCGAGUGAUGGACCGUAGCUUUUUUUCCCCCCACCCUCUGUAUUGUGGCAGUGCCUUUAAGCAGGCCAUUAAUAAAUGAACUUGAUAAAAGACAAAAGGAAAAAAAAAAAUCCAACACAUCGGUGCGCUCGUGCUAAACAUUUUCUAGACUUCUAUCCUCGUGAGUCUAUCUUGUGCAGUUCAUGUUGAGGAGAAAUAAUAAAAUUACAAAAUGAAGUUGAUAUAAGAUUAAACAGAGGUUAUAACUCUUCUGAUAUUGUUAAUAAACAGUUGUUCAGUUCAUUUGUGGGUGUGGGUUUGACUUGUUAAUGAUCUAGCCAGGAUGUUUGUACAUAAUACUGAGACUCUGAGGAUGCACUCAAACUUACCCGGCACCAUUUACUGUAACAGUGAUGGGCAUGUUGUAAGAUUUUACAUACGGUUUCUGAAGGCCGACAUGUUUUUUUUCCUCUUUUUUUUCAUUAUCAAAGUUGCUGAUAGCCAGUAUAUUGUGCUGAUGUUUAAUAAAUGUACCAUAAUCCCUUUCAUGUUGUACUGGAAAGUAUUUACAGUAUCCCCCCCUAUAGCUCUAUAUACUUUCUUUUUCUAGCAUAGAUAUUUCAUGAGACAUUUAUAUCAUAAUCACACCACACAAUCUGCCCAUCUCUAUGGCUUUGUGUCGUACUGGAGGGGGAAUACAAGCCCUUGUUACUCGGACAGUUCAGACACUUGAGCGGCUCAUUACAUUAGUUUCUGGAGGAAUGUUGAAGAUGCGAUUUUGGUUGUCAAAGUCGGCAAGCGAAUGGCAGGAUUUCACUACACACUAAAUGAACAAAUAUUGGUCAAAAAGAUAUUGAGCUUAUGAAUUUGUCUUGACAUUUUUUGAAGUUUUUUGUAGCCUGUCAUUGAUAUAAUUUAAUAACAUGUUUUUACACAACUUCAGCUUUUUCGCCUACACACCACUGGAGAACAAAGGCUGAUCUGUGAAUUAAAAUUUCUCACGCCCGCUAAUUUGAGCCCUGCUGCUCAGUGCUGCCACUUGUGACCAGAAGCUGAAUUGCAGCAAUACUACUGAACUAAAUACACUGUAUCUUCCACAGUUAACGGACUUUAGGAGAUGCUUGGUGACUGAAGUGUCCGGGUUACAGAGAUCUCGGUCUUCAAUGUGGCUACGAGUUACACGAACGCCACCUUCCUUCUUGUCCGCACGCCUCUGUAAAGCCGUUUAAAAUGUCUGGGAAACAUGUACUGCCUGUGGAUAGAGUGUUUUUUAUGUGCAACUAAGGUCAAAUGUUAUGUUAACAUUAGGUUAUCCAGGUCUGUUUUUAUCGUUCUGUGAUUCCUACCUGUAGCUUUGCAUUAAAGUCUGAUUGGGGCCCCCCUUAUACAUCGGCAAACUAUCAGUCAAAUGGACAAAAAAAAGAAAAGAUGUAGCACGUCGUUUGAAAAUGUUUUACCUUCUCCGGAUUCUGAAUUUACAGAAUCUGCAGGACGUCUGUGGUACCAAAAGUCUAAAGGUUCAACUCUUCAGUAUAGAAAUUCCAAAUUCUUGCAGUGCAGAGAAUCGAGGAGCUGAGGGACUUUAAAAGUGUAGAUUCACCGACCUGUUGGCUUCGCUGAGUCCUGCAUUUUUAGGCUUCGCUGCUCAUCUCCUGACUCCUGGUCUUAGCCCGUUGAACUCCACUGGAAUUCAUAUGUUUAUACUGAAAUGUGUGUUUUCUAUGUUCCACAGCCAUCCAUCCUAACUUGAAAUUAAAGUUUAUUAUCAAUCUCU